AUGGAGGAGGGCCCAGCCUGGCCCGGCUACCCUCCGGCGAUUCCUGUAAUUCCUUCCACAUGCAGUGGCAUGCUCCACCGACGCCUCAAUACUCAGCCGCCGGGCAACGAAGAUCCGUAUCGACUGAAUUUCGAUAACUACCGCAAGCAUUAUGACGCUCUUGAUGAGAGCGAAGAAGCUAAGAAACGACGUCUUCGUACUAACUUCACUGAAGAGCAAUCCUUAAUACUUGAAAAGGCUUUCUUGGCUUCUCACUAUCCCGACCAAAAUUCGAAGCGUGCUAUGGCGAUCAACUUGGAGAUCCCCGAGGACAGGAUUACGGUUUGGUUCCAAAAUCGACGUGCUAAAUGGAGACGCAAGGAAAUCAAGGAUAAAGACGGUUACCGACGCUAUCACACUGUUGGCUAUCACCCGGAUCUCCCGUUAGCUUAUCCUUUCGGGACCUAUCAAGAUCUACAGGAAAUGCAAAUGCAGCAGCAAAUGCGGCAACAUCAGCCCCCUAUGCAUCAUCAUGAAAUGCCGCCACCGGCUCAAUCUCAUGAGCAGCACUUACAUGAGCAGCAGAUGGCGCAACAUCCACCGGAAUUGGAGCCCGAGUUGCCGGAUCAACCUCCGGCGCUACAGGCCGAGGCUCCUGUUCAGGAGAUAAAUGAGCAUGAGGCCAGACAAGCGCAUCAUCUUCAACAAGCUCAUCCGGCGCCAAUAUUCGAUCAUCACGUGCUUAACCUGGCGGCACUCCAAACAAAUCCCAACCCGCCGGUCCAUCUCUACGCACCUUGUGUAGCUGUAAUGGAAUCAUUGCAUCCAAAUUCCCACCAACUCCCCACUCAUCUUGAAGACAUGGCCUCAACUUCAUCAAGCCACCAAACAAGCGUUACAACCCAACACCAAAUGCUGCAAAGUUAUUGCCCCCUCACCAAUGAGAACCUGACUUAUGCAUAUUUUCCACCACCCUUA